UUCACGACAGCGUAUUUUUCCCGCACUGUCAUUGUUCAAUGUGUUUAUUUUUAAUGUUUUGUGUUUAUGAGAGUGUCUCGAGUCUGGCUCGCCCCUCGUCUUAUUUUGAGGUGUUUAUUUUCUCAGAAAUCAACUAGUUUGAGAAUUGUUAUAUCGUGAAUAUUGUCUACAUAUCGUAAAUUUUACAGGUGGCGGUAUGACAAUGAGACGAUCGAACUGUGCGGUACAAGUGAAGAUAGAGCUCGGACAUAGAGCCACGGUUAAAAAGAUUCGCAGUCCUGAGGGAUUCACACAUGACUGGACAGUGUACGUCCGAGGCCCCGAAAACUGCAACAUCUCCUACUUCAUCGAGAAAGUGGUGUUCAACCUACAUGGAAGUUUCCACAAUCCAAAGAGAGUUCUGACCGAACCCCCUUAUGCGGUACAGGAGCAAGGCUACGCAGGGUUUGAGCUGCCGAUUGACAUUUAUUUCAAGAACAAGGAAGACCCCAAAAAGAUCCGAUUUAAAUAUGACCUCUUCCUGAAGCUGGAGGACUGCCCACCUGUCAAUCACAUCCGAUGCGAGAAGCUUACCUUUCAAAACCCGACAGAUGAAUUCAAGAAGAAACUUCUCAAAGCCGGAGGGGUUUUGGUUGGACCCUCUGGUGAGCCUCUGGUACCAAUGGGAGAAUUUACCGAGAUUUUUGAUGCCCCCAUAAGUCUGGACAGUAGCAAGCGACCCCCAAAAUCCAGCCACAUACCAAGCAAGGAGAAAACAAGUAAAGAGAAAUCAAGUUCUAGCUCCAAGUUGUCCUCAAAAACCAGUGCAACACAUGGGGUAUCAUCAUCCACCUCCAAAGACUCUCUCAGUACAGAGGAAAGAAAGGAGAAAAGGUCACCCAAAGAGGCAAGUCAGCAGAAACGACCCCAUGACACUCUUAGCACAGACAGCGUGCUGAUGAAAAAACCCAAACGACCUUCAUCUCUGUCCUCUCCUCCUGAGGUCAAGGUGAAAGAGAAACACAGGUCAAGUGAAAAGAAAAGGCACUCCAAAGAAAGAGAUGGAAGCAAGAGUUCCAAAGACCCGCACAAGGAUCAUCACAAGCGAGAGAUGGAUUCACAGGAGAAAGACUCAAGGGAGCGUGACAAAGAAAAGUUUGAGAAAAUGAAGCGUGAACAUAAGGAGAGAGAAGGGAAAAAAGAGAUAUUAAAGCACAAGAGUUCAAGUUCUGUGACCAACUCUCCGAAUCCACUUGCAUUCAAGUCCCAUAGUGCAGAGAAAAAAGACAAGCACGGAUCAAAAAAUUUAAGUGAUAACGUGAAGAGAGAAAAAGUGAAAAAAUCUGAAAGCAGUCAUUCAAGAAAGGAGAACAAAGAGGAGAAAUCAACAUCUUCAAGUAAGAGUAACUCUCUCUCUGUUGACAAAAAGGUGAAAGAGAUUUCCAAGUUGUUGAGUAAGGCUCUGGAUACUCCAAAGCGACCUAGUAUGGCUACACCAGAAUCAGCCCCACCAAAGAAAAAACCAAGAGUUGAGGAACUGUUUUCCUCAUCGUCAUCCUCCUCUGAGGAUGAGGACUCAUCUGAGGAUGAGGAUGAAGAGGUUGUGAAAGAAAUUAUCGAGGGUGUGGAGAAAAAUAAGGACAGUGAGGAAAGUAGUGACUCCAGUUCAAGUUGUGAUUCAGAGCUGGAUGAGAACGUUCUGAAUGUGUGGUCAUCACAAUCUGUCUCAAAACUCUCACCGCUAUCGCAACAUAAAAUAUCGACAAAAUCACCCUCCUCCAUCAAAAAUCCAAGUUCUCAUAAGUCUGUAAGGUCCAUCUCUCCUGCUGCUUCAGAAAGGAGUUGGUCAUCAAAGUAUUCACCGACGGGAUCCACGCAUUCGCAUACGUCCACUUCAAAUAGGCAUUCAUCAUCCAAACAAUCAACAAAGGAGAAAGACAUAUCCAAGCAUUCCAAAGAGUCCAAAUCUAAGAAAUCCAGUUCUAAAUCGUCUUCUCAUUCAUCCUCAUCCGAGAAAAAGGACAAAGAGACAUCCAGCAGGUCUGACAAGCAUAUAUCCAAAAAAUCAUCCACACCUAAUGUAUUUGCGUCUGAAAAAGCAGACAAACAUUCAAGGUCACACUCAAAGGAUAGGUCAAAACUGGAGAAAAAUCCAAUGGAUAAAAAACCAAAGGAUGUGAAGUUGGUAACUGACAUGAAAAGUGAAAAAUCAGACAGUGUUCCUCAGUCUUUUGAGAAAAAUGAGUGGAAAGAGAAUAUUUACAAGUCAGAGGUGUCUCAAGAAAAGUUCACGAACAUUAAAUCCGAAAAAGUUAGGUCAUUCAGCAUAGAGUCAAACGAUCAAAUGUGUCUGAAAAAGGAAUUCCUCAGUGACGACGAAGAGAGCGAUAAGAAAGAAAACGUGGCCGAAACGUUCAACUUUGAAAAUGGGUACGGACAUUUAGGAACAGCUCCGAAUGGAGAAGAUCUGAUUGAACUGCUGAAGCUGCACCAGAAGCUGGAGUCUAUGCAGGACCGCUCAGUGAUACAAAGGGUAGUGCAGGAGAUCGAGAAAACCGGCUUGUACAAGAUUAGUGAAAAGACAUUCGACUUUGAUCUCUGUGAGCUAGACAGUUCGACGGUGAAGAAAAUUCAUAAUUUUCUCUGCUCUGUGUAGUUGUAGACCAAAAAGAAUGGCAAGGAAUUAUAAGGCUAUAGCUUAUAGAUUAAAUCCAAGUAAAAAAAUUGAUCUCAAUUAAGAAAAAAAGUUCUCUUCUUUUUAUAUCAUGUAACACCUGUUUGUAUUGAAUAUUUGGAUUUCUAUUGAAGUUUUUUUUUAUUCACAUAAAAGCAAGACCUGUUUAGGUAAUUUUUUUUAUGUUUUUCUCUUAUUUCCUUUCUUUUGGAGCCACUUCAUUGCACAAGUUUAUUCAUAGUUAUCAUUUUUGUGAGAAUCAACCAAAAAAAUGAAGAUAAUUUAAUCGGCUAGAUUUAUAAAUCCUUUUUAUAGCUUUUGCAGUAAUUUUUGAACAGAAAUCACAAAUCUAUAGAAAGAGGAAGUUUGGGCAUAUCUUGUACAUAUUGAUGUAUUAUAUUGAGUCAUUUCCAUGUUCAUUUUAUCAUCUUGCAUUGUAUUUUGUUCAUCCUUAUUUAUGCAGACGUGCAAGGAUAUUUUUGUUAUUUUAUAAUUCUAUUAUUGUUUUUUUUAUAUGCAAAGGAAAAUAGCAUUUUGUGAGCAAUUUUUUGUGUUGCGUGCAAACUUGUUUUACAAUUAUCACUGAAUGCCAAGCAAGAAAAACACUUUAAAUGCACGAUAUGCAAAUAAUGUGCCAUGGGUAACAUCCUUAUGUAAUUUGCAACCUUCGAUUUUCAUCUCUAUUAGCAAGAUGAUCAGACACAGUAUUAUGUACAGUGCAUCCUUGAACCUUCUCUCUCUCUUCCUUCUUUCUCUCUAUCUCUAAGAUGAGGAAGUGUUGUCAUCAAAGGUGCACUUUAGAUGCAUGCAUUACUUGUACUAGUUUGUUUGGUGUGCUUUUGCAUUGUUCUCAUCAAUUACGCAAUAUUUUGUACAUUAAUGUUUUUGUUGUCAAGUCGUCUCCAUUUAGUACAUGUAACUUACAUGUAUUUGUUACAUUCAAUUCACCUUAAAAUAAUGUUCCUCAAAUAGUUUGAUGUCACCUUAAACUUAAUGUGAUACACCAAGAUAUAUUUUUUACAAGGUAUUAAUCAUUUUUUUAAACUGGUUUGUAAUCUUUUUGAUUCAAUCGUCUCUCCAAGGUUUUCAUUUCAUAUGAGACAGUUUGUAAUUUCUGGGCUACCUAAAACCUUUCUCUUUCUCUCCUUUUAAUACUACCUACAUAACGUUGAUGGGUUAUGUGCAAGUUGCCUCCCUUGCUUCCAGUCUAGUCUCGGUUUCUCUGUGUUCAUUUGUUUUCUUUUCAAUGUUGUUACUGGCCUUCUGUGAGUGAAAAUGUGUCUGAGUGCUGUUUCAAGUCUUACUUAAUCUCUUUUCACUUUUCAGUCAUCUGUGAGUGGAAAUGUGUCAUAAGUGCUGUUUCAAGUCUUACUUAUUGUAUUUAUAUAAGGGAGUUUUCUAAUUUUAAGAUUUCACCUUUAUUUAAGGGGUGUGCAGACAUGAUCAGUGUCUAUUGGUUUACUGUAAACCAAUUUUUAUUCGAAGCGACUUUAUUUCGCAAUUAACUGCCGAUAAACUGGUUCGCGACGACUAAUGUUCGCAACCAAGCCUUAACCAGACCUGUAUUGUUAUAAAAACUAUAAACAAAGGAUUGGUUUGCGGCGAGAAAUAUUCGCGAUGACGAGGCUCUCGCUAACCUGGCGUAAAUUUCUCGCACGCGAAUAAAAGUUGGUUUACAGUAUUUGUACACAUUUAUAUAUUAACAAGUGGAUGUUAUUUUGUGUUCAUGACUUCAGUUCUGUACUUGAAUAUAUGGCAAACUAAUUGUUAAAACAGGAAGAAAAUUAAAGGUUCUAGAUCUGUUUAUUCAGGACAGUUGAUGUACAAAUUUGAUUUUACUUUUAAUUAUUUAUCUUUGUUUUUAAAAUUGCAUUAGUAAUGCAGAUUUUGUUUAAUGAAAGUUCUCCCUCUAUUUUUCUUAAACAAUUGUCCUUUGUUUAUCAUAGUCCAAUAUUACUGUUGAAUUGAUCUGAAUAGCAUACAGUUAAAAAAAAACAACAACAAUGAUACAUUUAUUAUGCGAGUUCUGUCACUGCCUAUUUAAAAAAAAAAAACAACUGACAGAAGCAUGUCAUCAUAUUUUGACUGUUUUUGAAAAAAUGAAAUAUGUAUUAGAGCUAAAUUUUGGAUGAAAGUUUUAUUAUCAGAAAAAGUGCUAUUUCAAUCUCUUCUGCUAGAUCUAGUUUCUUAGGAUGGUAUUUUAUCUUUUAUUAUAGUACAGAAGGUUUUUUUUGGGCCCUUGUGAAACCCAUUAUCAAUCCUAUCUUUUUCAUUAUUUAAUUUUUUUUCUUUUAAAUAAUCUGUUCUGUUGUUUAAAUUCUGAAAUUUCAGUAUUGUGAUAUAUUAUUAAUUUAAUUAAGCUCCAAAUUCUUAAACAUCUGCAGAAAGGAAGAUGGUCCUGUCUCCUCUUUUAAAUGUAGUUAUAUUACAUGUAAUAUUCAGAUGCUUGUGAAGACAGUGCCAAGUUCUUAUUUAUUUUUGUGUUUUAAUUGUUUAUUUACAUAUCAUUGAGAUAUUAUCCCACCUACCUUUGAGUGACAUUUCAGUUACAUAAGUCAAUGAUAACAAUGAAUACACACAUGCGUACAUGUGUUUAUGUAUCGUGCCCUAUUGUCUGUAUAUAAACUAGCUUGUUUAGAUCAGAAAAUUUUCUGUUUAUCAGUAAUCUAAUUUUCUGUGUAUCAGUACAGAGGGGGAAAAAAACUGGAUAUGGUCAUAAAAUGUGACGCACCAAAAUGCACGAAGGGAAUUUUUUUUUUGAAAUAUACAAGUGCUACUGCAUGCAUGUAAAUGCAGGAUGUUUUAAGGAAGUAUGAGUCAACCAUUUUUCUGUGAAUGAAAUAAUGUAAUACAUGUACGGUACUUCCUAUUGGUAGAAAUCAACAAAAUGUUUGUGUACAAGGUUUGUAUAGGGUCCUGAUCCUGUAGCCCGAAUCUGUAUUAUAUUAAACGUGUCGUCAAGUUCCUUGGUAGCUAAAUGUGUUUUGUUUUGUGGUUUUUUUUUUUUAUUUUUCUGUCAUCACUAUUGGUGCUUUAUCAUGUUAUCACUGGUUGAAAAUAAAAUCAUGUAACAAAAUCUC